CUGUCGGCGAGUGGGGUGGGCGAAAAAGUGACGCCGACACACAGUGUACACACUCACAAGCCGGAGCUGAGACAGCUUGGGGGGGAAUCGGGUUUCGUUUCUUUUUUUUUUUCUUUGCUUUCUAUUCAUUUGGACUCUUUGUCGAUUCGACCUGUUGCUGUCGGCGGCUCAAAAAUGACUCGCUCUUGAGUCACCACAGCGAGCCUGCGCGGCGCUGUUUUUGACAGUCAGUCCGGGGGUCGCAGUGAACCACCGCCGCCGCCGCCGCCACCACCACCACCACCACCUACCGAGCGGCUAGCAUUAGCCCCUAACUCAACUUUCCAGGGAGAGAGCGCGGAGGGGAUUCUUCGUCGCGGACCCUCCUCCAUUCAACCCAGCAAAAAAAAAGAAAAAAAGGGCUCCCAAGUGGAAGAGCGACCAUGUUGCUGCACUGAGGAGCAGGGAAACACGCGAGAGGCCCCAGAGGAGCGCUGAGGUGGUGGCCGGCCGGCCCCGUUGGUGUGCCCCUCCUCCCCGACUGGCCGGCGAGCUGCUCCCCCUUCACGUCAUCUGAUUGCUGCUUAGGCUUACUAUGGCCUGCACUUCGCCUCCUGCUGCAGUCCAGCCAAGUGCACUACCUUAGUGGCUUCUUCACUGCGCCUUCCUCUCCAGUGUUUCCCACCCAGUCUCACUGUAAAACGUGUACAAACGAUCUGAUACCACCCAGAGAAACUCCUGGGUCCUGCACCCAACCCCUUCCCGUCUCCCACCCUCUCCCUCUCCCAGAAGAAGAUGUCAGUUAGCCCGACACCAGACAUCCAGAAGGAGGGAGAGAGUGGGCCACUCAUCGAGCCCUGCAGUCGAGGAAAGACCUCCCCUCAGCCACAGGGCCCCAAGGAAGGGACAGGAGAAGGUCUGGAGCCUGACGAUAGCUCCUCACACGAUGUACAGAAACGGGCUCCUAACCACAGUCAUGGCAGGAAAAGGGCCAAGUCUAAUGCUAAACUGAAGCUGGUGAGGAGUCUGGCAGUAUGUGAGGAGUCUUCUGGUCUCUUCUCCAAUGAUGGCCCUCCAGAAUCGGAUAUCAUCCAGCUUCAUAUCAGCUGUCCAUCAGACAAGGAAGAAGAGAAGUCCUCCAAGGAUGAGUUUGAAAAUGAAGAGAAGGAGAAGAAGGACAAGGGUCCACGGAAGAUGUUAUCGCGUGACUCCAGUCAGGAAUACACCGACUCCACGGGUAUCGAUGUGCAUGAGUUUCUGGUCAACACACUGAAAAACAAUCCCAGGGAUCGAAUGAUGCUGCUCAAACUAGAACAAGAUAUCCUGGAGUUCAUUAAUGACGACAAUAACCAGUACAAGAAGUUUCCUCAGAUGACGUCAUAUCACCGCAUGCUGCUGCACCGCGUGGCUGCCUACUUUGGCAUGGAUCACAAUGUGGAUCAGACGGGCAAGGCGGUCAUCAUCAACAAGACGGGCAACACGCGCAUCCCCGAGCAAAGGUUCUCGGAACACAUCAAGGAUGAGCGCAACAUGGACUUCCAGAAGAAAUUCAUUCUCAAGAGAGAUGAUGCCAGCAUGGACAAGGAUGAUAAUCAGAUCCGUGUCCCACUGCAGGACGGCCGGCGUAGCAAAUCCAUCGAGGAACGAGAGGAAGAAUAUCAGCGGGUACGAGACCGGAUCUUUGCCCGAGAAGUGUCCUUUUUUUUACAGUCCUCUCAGAAUGGAUACAUCAACGACAACAGACUUUCCACCGAGGGCUACUGCUCUAGCUCUCAAAAGAGGAGGCAGAUCUUUAGAGGGAACCGCGAUAGCUCCAGCCGGGCGUCCAACAGUCGUCAGAGCAGCACAGACAGCGACAUGAAAUGCUUGGAGCCGCGGCCCUGGAGCAGCACCGACUCGGACAGCUCCAACCGCACGCUGCGGCCUCCCGUCACCAAGGCCAGCAGCUUCUCUGGAAUAUCCAUCCUGACCCGCGGGGACAGCCUCGGCAGCAACAAAGGAUCCCAGGGAAGCUGCAAAGGCUCUCGCUCCUCCUCCCAGUCCAGCCGUAGCCUGCUCCCGUGCCCAACGCAGCCUCCCCAGCAACCGCAGCCCCAGGCCCUGUCUCAGACCGCGCUGCUGCCGACCCCGCAGCAGCACCCCAUGGGCAACCACAUCAUUGCUCAGCCGGUAGCAUCUCUGCAGCCCUCUCAGCCUGUCUCCUACUCCAGCCCCUCCUGUCCCCAGGUUCUCCUGCCAGUUUCUCCUCCCCAGCAGUACACUAUGGGAGAAGAACUGGCACCCCAGUUCACCCAAAUGACGCUGAGCCGCCAGGGCUCCAGCGAGAACUCUGAGCCUCCCCCCUUGUACCAGGCUCCUCCGACUGUCCUCUCCCAGCACCCCCCUCCUCAGACCAGCUACAUCAUGGCGACCACCGGCCAGCCCAUUCCUCCUCCGUCUGGCUACCAGCCUGCCACAGGGCAUCCCCACCCUCCGCCGCCGCCGCCGCCGCCUCCGUCUCAGGCCGUCAUGCAGGCGCCGCCCCCGCAGGGCUACAUGCAGCCACCUCCGCCCCAACAGAUACAAGUUUCAUACUACCCCCCUGGUCAGUAUCCCAGUUCAGGCCAGCAGUACCGUGUGGCCCAGCCCAUGUCCCACCAGGUGUCUUACCCUGCUCAGCGCACACAGCCCAUGCCUCAGCCUGCACAACAGUCAGGUCUACAGACCAUGAUGCCCAGCCAGCAGCCCAGCUACCAGGGCAUGAUCGGGGUGCAGCAGCCGCAAAACCCCACUCUUCUCAACUCCCAGAGAGCUGGCAUUGGAGGACAAAUGCAAAGUAUCGUGGUGCAGUAUCCGCAGAUGCAAUCCUAUCAGGUGCCAGUGGCAAACGAAAGUCAGCAGGUGGUGCAGCAGCAGUACCAGCAGCAGGUGAUGGUGCCGGUCAGCCAGUCGGUCCAGGGCCCCAUGCCUGUUUACUACAGUGUUAUCACACCCACGCAGCAAAGCAGCACAAGCCCAUCAGUAGGCUACCUGCAGGCCCCCAGCUCUGAACAGUAUCAAAUCGCACCAUCUCCGUCCACCUGCAACGCUCAACAGUUACAGCAGCAAUAUUCAGGAGUCCCGCCUCCUGGUCCCGGAGUCAUGGUAAUGCAGCUCAGCGUCCCUAAUGGACCCCAGCCUUCCCAGAAUCCUCCGCUGGUCCAGUGGAACCCGUGCAAGUACUACAGCAUAGAGCAGAGGCCCAGCAAGCCGGGAGAGCUCUACAAAGUUGACAACACUCCACAGGCCAGCACCCAACUGACGAGUCCGCUGGCCUCUCCGACUCAGUCUCCCACCCCGUCACCCUCUGGUAGCGUCAGCAGCGUCUGUCCUGGCCUGGGACCAUUACCCAUCAUUCCCCAGUUUCCACGGCCGGGAGGGACAGCUCCAGGUGACGGCCGCUACUCUCUAUUGGGACAGCCCCUCCAGUACAGCCUGUGCCCUCCUCAGCUUAUGCAUGGCCAGUCGUCAUACAACUCCCAUCAGGGCCAAGGAGUCAUGAAACACAGCGCACGAGGGAAAAAGCAAACGCUCAAAUCUGCAUCCACGGAUCUCGGCACCACAGAUGUUGUGGUGAGUCGCGUGCUGGAAGUAACGGACCUGCCCGAAGGGAUUUCACGUCCAGAUGCCGAAAAGCUCUUCAACCAGCUGUCGCUGUGCGGCGCCAAGAUCCAGUGGCUGAAGGAGCCUCAGGGAGGCCGGGGAGGCUGCGGACCCGCAGGGGCCUCGGGCGUGGCGGGCGGCGGCGACCCGGCCCACCUGUACACGGUGGUGGCCGUGUUCCCCAGCACCAUGGCUGCCCAGAGUGCUUCCUUCAAACUGAACAACAGCGCGGCCGGUCUCUUCAAACUGAGGGCCGCCAAAAAGAACUAUGACCUGCGUGUGCUGGAGAGAGCCAGCUCUCAGUGAGAGGACGGCACACGCGGACUCUCGGCGUGGAGCGGCGGAGUAAGCUCGGAGGACUGAGGUGGGUCGGGGCGAGGGACUGCUCUUGGUGUACCAUUACAAAGAAAAGAAAAAAAAAAAAAAAACCUUAAACGUGUCAAAUGUAUAAAAAGGGAAGGUGUGACUCUUGAGGUGGUCGGUGUUUGCUUUCAACUUUGAUUUGGUCGUUGGUUUUUAUUCCUCGUUUUUUGUAUUUAUAUAGCGGAAGAGCACACGGGACACGCGAGCAUGUGUUUCACCCUUGAAAUUUGUGCUGCCGUCAUACAAAAAAUGCAAUCUCACACACUACAGAAGACACACGCGCACAACAGAGUCACGUAGCACACAAAAGGAAAACAAACACACACUGGACAGUCGACCUCAGUCUAACCUCUUGGUCCUCAACCUUCUUUGCGUCCUUCUUCUUCCAGCGCUUUUCCCGCCACCAAUCAUCUCCCGCCACCUUGCCGAUUUACACAUUCUCUCUCUCGCAUCCAUCUCGCCAUGUCUCAUGCUGCUCUGCACUCUCUCUCUUUCUCUCUGUCACUCGCUCUUCUCUCACGUUCUGUUUGCCUUACUGCUGUUGUGGGGUUCUGUAUUGCGCUCUUCUUUUCGGGGGAGGGAGAGGGUUCAAUAUAUUUAUAUAAGUGAUGUAAGGAAUAAAGAAAUCUAUAUAUUCAGUGAUUUUUCUUUUUUUCUUUUUUCUCCUUCCUCCCCGAGUGAACAGUUUUCGGCCUUUUUCCUUUUCCUCCCUCCUUCCCUAUUCAUCCCCUGCUCCUAUUCCCCACAUAGCACCUCUUUACUGUCCUCUCCCGCAAUGCCCACCCGCCCCCUCCCCCACAUUGUCUUUGCGUUUUUUUUGUUGACAGCUGUGCAGAAAGUAUCAGAAAAUGUAGUUGAAGUGCACAAUGAUUGCAUUUGUCUACUGUAAAUUUUAUUUAAUCUGUUAUUUUUUUGUUUGUUUUUAAAAAUAUAAAAGGUGAAAAAUCAAAGAA